CUCGGCAGUCACCUGUGCAUUAAGGUGGGGCUAGGCGACUUCCAGUGACUGUGACCUAAUACUGCUUAGUUAGCAACAGGUGAAUGACAGUUGUGCGUAUGCACCUGCACAGGGAACAUGUCUUCUGGCACACAGCCCUCCCGGAAAGCACGGAUCCUCUCAGCAGUGCUCUAUGGAGUCUGCUCGUUCCUCGUCGUGCUGGUUAACAAGUCUGUACUCACCACAUACAGAUUUCCAUCUUCAACAUUUCUUGGGAUUGGACAGAUGGUGAUUACUAUAAUAAUAUUAUUUGUUGGAAAGCUGUACAACAUAAUCACUUUCCCAGAUUUUAACAAACAGAUCCCCAAAAAGAUAUUUCCAUUGCCCCUGCUCUAUAUUGGUAAUCAUUUAACUGGACUAUCAAGUACCCAGCUGCUAAGUUUGCCGAUGUUUACAGUCCUCCGUAAAUUUUCGAUUCCAUUAACUCUCAUUUUUGAAAUGAUUAUUCUCAGGACACGAUAUUCAUGGUCGAUUGUGGCUAGUGUGAUUGCAAUCAUUCUUGGAGCACUGAUAGCAGCCAGUUUUGAUCUUUCUUUUAAUUUGGAAGCAUACAUCAUUGUGCUGCUGAAUGAUUUAUUUACAGCCUUAUAUGGGGUUUAUACGAAGGAGAAAAUUACAAAGGAACUAGGUAAAUACGGAGUCCUUUAUUACAAUGCAACUUUUAUGAUUAUUCCCACAUUCAUUUAUGCUUUAUGGACUGGUGACAUUGUGAAGGUUAUCCAUUUUAAAGAGUGGACAAAUAUUGCAUUUGCUUUUCAAUUCCUACUUUCCUGCAUGAUGGGGUUCUUACUUGUGUUUUCAAUUGUACAGUGCAGUUACUAUAACUCAGCUCUUGCAACAACAGUAAUUGGCGCCAUCAAGAAUGUAUGUAUCGGCUAUAUUGGAAUUUUUAUUGGAGGAGACUACACUUUUUCCUGGUUAAAUUUCUUAGGUUUAAAUAUUUGCAUGGCAGGUGGAGCAGCAUAUUCUUUUAUAUCUUUAUGGGGAAAUGCACAAGUUGUGGACCAUGUGAAGCCAAAGGACCCUGAAAAAUCAGAAACUGCUAAAUAUUUGGAAGAAAAGGAUACUAGCGUGGAGGACAGCGAGAAGUCAAAUCUAUUAAGUUGAUAUAAAGGAAAAACUAGCAUUCUAGAACACGGACCUUCCUUUUGUAUUUUUUAAUGAAGUAUUUAUAGUAGCUUUUAUUCAUAUUAUUAUCUUAAAUUAUUGUUGAGAUGAGAGAGAGGGUGUGUGUGUGUGAAGAUUUUUAGUUGCAUUAUCAAAUAUUAGAGAACUAAGCUAUUUAUUUGUAUAUUAGUUAUUAGGCUGGACAAUCUAUUACGUUUUUUGUCCUCACUCGCCAAUCCCAAACUUCUCUUCCACCCAUUUCCAACACACACGUGCAGCUAUAUGAAAAUACAAAAAGAAACAAAAAUGUUACUCGAAACCAGAUGAACUACUGGUGUUCUAUUAACUUGAGGACACAGGAACUGUCAAAUUAGUAAAAUCACAAUCCUAAAUACAUUGCUGAAUACAAAAUAAAAUACAAAAUAGUAAGUGCAAAGUUUAAAUGUGAUAAAAAUGUAUCUGAAGUUUAACCCUUUCAUGCCGGGACUAAAUUGUCUACAUAGGAACGUUGUUGAUUUCAAUGAUGGGAUCGGGUCAGGGUGGAGUCCCAUUUACAAAGCUGCUAUGGCUUCAGUACAGCCAAAUGGCAAAGAUGUUGCAUGCAGUCCUAACAGCGCUAAAGCCCAGCGCAGUUAGUACAGCGGGAAACGGUUAAAGGUUAAAGUAAAGUCAAAAGUAAACAAAUGUAAUAGAGCAUGCACUUUUAAACAACUUUCUAAUUUACUUCUGUUAUAAAUUUUGCUUAUUUCUCUUUGUAUUCUUUGUUAGAGAGUAAUCCUAGGUAAGCUCAGGAGAGUGCACGUGACUUUAGACUUCUGACAGCAGUGUUUGCAACAAUGUUUAUAGCAAUGUUAUACAUAGUUGCAAACUCUGCUGCCAUAGAGUGUCUGUAGCAUUAUAUAGCAGCAAUUUGUGUAUGUAUGACAUUUUUAUAAACUUUGUUGCAAACACUGCUGCCAGAUGGCUAAAGUCACAUGCAUGCUCCUGAGCUUGCAUAGGAUUACUCUUUAAUAAAGAAUACCAAGAGAAAUAAGUAAAAAAUAAUAACAAGUAAAUUGGAAAGUUGUUUAAAUUUGAAUGCUCUACCUGAAUACUGAACCUUUCAUUUUGUCUUUACUGUCCCUUUAAAUAAAUAUUAAAUACAAAACAUAGCAGAACUGUCAUGUAGUGCUGUAUUGCACUGGGCUUGAACAUCUCGUCUGAGUGGAGAGGUUUAUAUUAUCAGGACCUAAGGAUGAAUAAAGCUGACUUUAGUUUGAUAAAAAUGCAUAAAUUAAAUUUGUUUUGUAGAAACUUUAUUUAUUGAUUUAUAGCGGCAUUGUAUGAAACCCGGAAAAUGAUGUUUAUCUCCCUAUGCACGAACUGAACAGAAAAAAACAAUAUUAAACUUUACAUGUAUUUUCUCUACCCCUAUGCAAAUAAUAAUAAUAAUAAUAAUAAUAAUAAUAGUGUCAAAUACUUAGGCACAAACAAUUUGUAUUUUUAAUUUCUUUGUAUAAAUUGUAAAGUAAAAAAAGUUUUAAUAUGCAGUUAAUGCCACGUUUUAUCUUUUUUAAAAAAAAAUAAAAAUAUUGUGGAACUCUU